GGUGGAUACGCGCCACACUGCCCAGUGACUUGUUGCGAUCUCGGCGGAUUCUUCUGCAUUAGCAUUAGCAUCGUGAGCAAAACAGCUAACGGGGCGAACCAAAGACAGACCGCCCCGCUCAGUCCACACGCCCAUGACAAAGAGACAUAUCUACAGCUAUGUACAUGGACAUUGGCCGACUUGUGAUCUAGCUUUAUUUUUUCAUGUUAUCGACCACUGAAACUGUUUGUGGUGCAGAAGGCGCUUGCUAGCUAACUGUCGAACAGAACAUGGAUCCUGAACGACAGAAGCGAAGAGAAGAAAUCCAGAAAGCAAUGAGCUUCAUACAGUCCUCAUUACCUUUUCCAGAGCCAGAAAAUUAUGAGGCGUUCCUGACCCAGCUGGUGUGUAAUUUACUGGAUGAAGGCAACGCUUGCUUUCGUGAUGGGGACUGGCGUCAGGCUUCCCAGCAGUACGGGGAGGGGGUCAGUGUGUCCCGGUAUGCCCAGACUGAGGCACUUAUUAUCCCCCAUGAGCUACUGGAAAGCCUCUAUGUGAACAGGGCAGCAGCCUUUUACCAAAUGAGGGAGUAUGAGCGGGGUGUUCAGGACUGCGACAAUGCUUUGUGCGUAUCUGAAGGAAGCCGCAGGGCUUUGUACCGGAAAGCUCUCUGUCUCCGAGAGUUAGGACAACUUAGAGAUGCCUAUGAAUGUGGAACCAAAUGUCUUCUCACAGCCCCGCAUGACAGGCAGGUGAGUGAUUUGGCUCAGGAUUUAGCUACAAAAUUGGGACUGAAGGGGCGCAAAGCAUAUGUAAGCCCUCAGACAGAGUCCACAGCGUCAGACGGAGAUGCAUCUCAGCCCACUGGAGAGAUGUCAUCCAAUGGACUGGAAUCUUUGGGGGACAUUGGAUCAGCAGACCUAUCAAGUGCACAGUGCAUCCCUGCUCCUUUAGCCACACCCAUCCCAGUCAGUGAUGAACCAGCCAGCCCUGUGGCCACCUCUUGCACCGAGCUCCCAGAGAGCCCCAGCAGCCAGGGCCUGGCUCCUAUGCAGUACUCUGUGCCUGUGUCAGAACACACAGAUGAGUGCAGCAGCAGUAUCACAGAGAAGCUGGAAGGUCUGUUGGACUGCAUGCCCAAGAAAGUUAGUGAGAAUCCUGUCCAAGGUGCUAUUCCAACCAACCUUCCCAACACUGCAGUGGGUCUCCGUCCUCCGUACUCCCCAGGCCUGUCCUCGCCCUCGCAACAGCUCCCCUCAGCCUUCUUUGGCUCCUCCAUCAGUGAUAUGUCCUCACUAGAGCCUUACUCGCCUCUGGUGCAGAGAGACCAGGGCUCCACCCAGGCGCAGGACGCUCUGGGAACCUUCUCCACCAGUGCCACAGAUGGAGAGGGGAGUAAUGGGGGUUUGGACUCACUCUCUGAAUACACUCUCCCAGGAGGACGAGUGUGUCCAAGCUUUAUUCAUGGACUGCGUAACCACAGCUCUGCACAUGCAAAUGGCCCAGGUGGAACAAACUUAUCACUUCUCUCCAGAAAUCCUCUGGCAGCCACACAUGAGUUUCGACAAGCCUGUCAUGCUUGUUAUAGUCGAAUAGGCCCACGAGUGAUGGACUAUAAAUAUCAGCCAGAGGCAGCACACCGCUGUAAGAGAGACGUGCUGCUGUGUCGCCUAAGGAACACGGACGACCCCACAUGGAAGAGAAUCAGACCACGGCCUGCUCGCAACAACUUCCUUGGGGCGUUUGUUCUCUGUAAAGAGGUACAGGAGCGGCAGGAGUGUCAGUAUGGGGAGAACUGUACAUUUGCCUACUGUCAGGAGGAGAUCGAUGUGUGGACUCAGGAGAGGAAGGGGGCUCUGAGCAGAGAGCUUCUGUUUGACCCUCUGGGCAGCACGGAGAGAAGGGCUCUCAGUGUCACCAGGCUCUUGCAGCUCCACAUGGGCAUGUUCAUGUUCCUCUGUGAGGAAUGUUUCGACAGUAAGCCCCGCAUUAUAAGCAAACGCAGCAAAGAGAAUUUGUCUGUCUGCUCCAACCUCACAGCUCGACACCCAUUCGAUGAUAACAAGUGCCUGGUGCAUGUGGUGAGGUCAGCCAACGUGCGCUACAGUAAGGUGCGGCCACUGCACCCGCUAUGCCAGUUUGAUGUGUGCCGUCAUGAGGUGCGCUAUGGGUGCCAGAGGGAGGACAGCUGCUCGUUUGCACACUCUGUCAUUGAACUCAAAUGCUGGGUACUUCAGCAAGACACUGGUAUUACUCAUGAAGAGAUGGUCCAGGAGUCAAAGCGACACUGGCAAAGGCUCGAGCAGAAUGCACAGAAGCAACAGAAGCCCAUCCAUUAUCACCCAAGCAGCAGCCUGCCCCCUGCUGGAGUGGGGGCCAUGGGCAGCAGCAGUGGCGGGGUGGAUGGUGUGGGCGGUGGAGGUGUAAGCCCAGUGACUGCAGUUGGAAGUCUGGGAGGAGCAGCGAGAGGGCGUCCCCUUAACCUCAAAAUGAAGUUUGUGUGUGGCCAGUGCUGGAGAGAAGGGCAGGUCAAUGAACCUGACAAAAACCUCAAGUACUGCACGGCCAAGGCCAGACACAGCUGGACCAAAGAGCGGCGAGUCCUGCUGGUGAAAUCAUUUGAGAAAAAAAAAUGGGUUGUUGUUCGGCCUCUGCCCUUUUCCCGCACGUAUCCUCAGCAGUACGACAUGUGUGUUCAUGUGAUGAAGCAGAAGAAGUGCCAUUAUAUUGGAAAUUGCUCGUUUGCCCACAGCUUGGAGGAGCGUGACGUUUGGACCUAUAUGAAGAACAACAACUUAAGGGACAUGCAGCAAAUGUAUGAACUGUGGCUGCAGCUUACCAAUCAGAACCGCCGCACAGAACACUCCGCUGUGACCCCACCCCCAGAAGACAAACAGGUCACAAUAACAGCAGACUACACAGACGGCAUGGCUGGUAGGAGAAUGUCAGAUGGGGAGGACCUCUGAAUGUUCUUGCUGUGGUAAAACCGACGGAGAUGUAAUCUGACACUUGUGUGCUGUAGCAGCCUGCUGUUCACUGUCCCCCCCACAUGUGUGACACAAGACACUUUCACUUAACACGACAAGUCAGAAGCCACCUGCGUCAGAGGGGCUAAAAGUACUGUGGCUUCAGAAAGUUUUCAGACUCAUUCCUUCAGUUUUUGUGGUGUAGCUGGUUACAGAAAUGUGGGAAUUACAAGAAAUACCUACACAAUGAAAAGACACAGUGAUAAUUAUCCUUCUAGUGUAGGCAGUUGGCAUAGAGUAUUAUUAUUUUUGUUCCAACUACAUAAUAAAACAGAUGCACCUCUGAAUACUUUCUGAAGUCAUUCUACAACAUAAUUAUCAUGAAUGUACCACAGUUACACAGCAGCUUUAGGUUUGCCCUGGCCAAGUGAUUGAAAGAAUAGCCUUAGCCAGUGCUCUAUGGACUGAGCGCAUCUCCACCAGGCCCUCUUUUAAAUGUUGGCAGCACUGAGGCUACCCUAAUGUCACCACGCUGGCCGUGGUCCUUGCUCAUGUUAGUUAGCAGUAAUACAUAAUUUGUUGUAGCAUUCAGUGCUAGCACCAGAGGCAUUGUGAAGAGAUUAUUGAUGGAUUGUACAAUCAUUUUUAAACUGCGUCAAUUCUACUCUUUUAUUCCUUCAUAGGAACAUUGCAUCAACAUGACUUCCACCUAAUAUUGUUAAUGGGAGUUGUACUUAUAUUUUCUGCCAUAUUGGUGGGCACCUCUGAAUGUUAAGUUAUGAUGGGCCUUUUAGAUGAAGUGGUCAGUCUUUUAAAGCAUUGUUAAGGCUUAUAGUUGAAUGUAAGUCUACUUACAAAACCAAGUGUGUGUGCGCAACAUCACUGACCCUCCCCUUUCCCCUCACACAGCAAAGACAACAAAAGACGUGUCUAAAAAUACUUCACCUAACUUGAAGAAUGGUGUGUUUGAAGUAUUUGUAAUAAUAAUGAAGAUGAUGUUCUAAUUAGAAAAUCUGAAAGCGAUUAAUAAGUAAUUAAAAAAAUUUAUGAACCGAAUGAUGUUCAAAGGCCAGCCAAUCUCCUUUAUCCUACACAUGGACGGUUUCCUGGACACAGCCUCUCACUCCCUGUAGGCCACUGUAAAGUAUUGUUGUGGAGAAACUGUUGGCAGAAAGGGAUUCCCACAUGAUCUAGUGCCUGAUCCAGCUCAAACGCACACGCAGAAGGGCAGGAAAUCUGAGGCCAUUAUAUUCUUGUCUUUAGCGGUUUAAGUCAGACUGUAGAGCUAUAUUCAAAAACUUAUUCACACAUUUAUAGUAUACAUAUUUACAUUUAAUGGCAUACUACUAAUAAUAAUUGAUAACUUAGCAAUUAAGCUUAAUAAAUAUAUAACCAGAAAAAGCUGUAUUGAUUACAUAUAGAACACUGAGGUAUAAUGCUAUAAGAUAUGUAUUGCUGAACUAGUUGACUAUAGUUAUGUUUUCUUAAGAUAUCUUCUCAUUUUGUAAUUUUUCUGUCUGUGCGGGUUGUUCCAGUCAAGAGUUAAAAUUCAUCUUCACACUUUAAUUUGAUAUUAGUAUCGUAUUUCUAUUUUGUGAAUAGGGUGAACAUUUUUAAUUUCAUAUGCUCAGUUUUUGCUAUUGUUGAAGGUGACAUUUCUUUACUCACCAGUUUGGCCACUAAAGUUGAUCUCUGUAUUGUAGAAAAUUGAACCCCUAAAUGAUUGUUAUUUCAACUUUGAUCUGGCAUUUUGAGGACUGUUCCCCAUUCCAAAGAUAUAUUUUAAUUUUAAAUUCUUAAUUGCUAUGGCAGCGGUCCUAAUUUUUCAUCAUUCUGACAACCAUUGAUAGAUGACCUUGUCUGGAACAGCCCUGGUGUUUCUUUGAGGGUAUUACUCAUAGUAUAAUGAUAAAUAUAUAAUGACUAUGAUUGCUAUUUCUAUUUCUCUGCUAUAUACUAUCUAUAUAUAUAUUAUGUAUGUUAAUUGCAAUGUAUAACUCAUUCUUUAUAUAUGUAGCCAUGUAUGAAUAUGAUAUCUUAACUCUUAAAAAUGUGUCCGUGUAUGCAGCGUUUCCAAUUAGAGGCAGUGGGCUAAAAGGACAAUUCAGAAAUCUUUACAAUAUUUUAUUAUUAUUCCACCACCUCACUGCCUCGCUGUACAUUUUCUUGCCAUUGACUAGAUGUAGAAGCGACUGCAUACACAGAUCCUUAUAUACUCCCAUAUAGCGCCUUAUUCGAUAUAUUCAACCUAUAAGAUGAUACAUACCCUAUUGUAUAAUCCUGCUUACUAUAUACAGUAUAUGAUAUCUGAUACCUAUUAUAAAACUUAGACUCCCAUAUAAGGUUAUUUAGAUAAGGAAUGAAUAUGUUUUACUGUGGCUGUAAACAUUUGUUGUGGUCAUUUGUCCCCAACUAUAGGUUAUUUUAUGUAGGGCUGGGCAAUAGGACAAAAAAAAUGUAUUUUGAUUCAAAUUUAUUUUGUCAAAUAAAAAAUGGCUUUCAGUAUUAAUUUCCUGAACAGACUUGCCGUUCAACACAGAAAAUAGUCCAAUUUUGUCCUCCUCCCAAGUUUGAACCCUGCUCGAAACCACAUUUUUAUUAAAGUGGAACUCAACACUAAAUCCACUUUUUUUUUGCUACUAAACUGCAUAUACAGUAUGGUGUUUUAAUAGCAUUAUCUACAGUCAUGUUUUGGAAAUUUUUGUUCAAACUUUUGAGAAGUUGUUGACAUCACACAGGACUGCCCUAAUUACUUCCUAGUGUUACUGAUUGCAAACACCAGGCUGCAGGGGUGGAGUUUGUAGCGUGGGGAUACCUGUUAGGCCAAUCACCUCUAGACGCCACCCCUCUUCCUUUCACACUCUUCUUCAGUCCUUCAGGCACUUCCCAAUUUAGCAGCUCUAUGGCUGUGUCUCAUUUCUAUUUCCUUGCUUCCUUCUCCUUGAUUCCUCUCCUUAAUCCUCCAUUUUUCAGCUGUUAAUCAAAUAUGUCAUUUUAAGUGGUGUCCCAAAGAAAACCACGGAAUGCAGGAGUAAACAUGAGGGAGGCUUUAGGAGGCAGACAUCAGAUAUUGGUCUAUCUUCUCUCCUCUCUGUGUCUCCUCCUCUCACCCAUAUGCUGCAGAAGCAAGGAAAGAAAACAAGGACAAGGGAGGAAAAAGAAAUGAGACACAGCCAAUUUGUAACAAUGGUGUAGGUGGAGUUAAGGCAUUUAGUCCCACUUUAAGACUCAAGCAUGUCACUGACAAUUAGAAAUGAAUCUUGAUUAAAAUUUGAUAAACUGCCCAGCCCUAACUUUAUGCCAAAUAUUGAAAACUAUUUUCUAAUACCUUGGAUUUAUUUUGAUCAAAUAUUUAUGUUCAGAGAUGGUGUUAGGCUAAGGUCAUGACAAACUGAAGAGCCAUUUAAUUUCAACACAAUUACCUCUACAGCUUAACAGUGGUUCCUUUUAAUGAUCUUCUCAUUUUAUAUAUUACUUGUCAUUCAUAGACUCAAAUUCUAUAUGGUCAUGACCCAGCCAACAGCCACAACCAUAUUUCUGUGUUUUUUUAAUUAAUUUUUUCCCCCCAAACCAAGUAUUGCAAGAAGGGUCUUAUCAAUGACAUACUUUGUGUACCGCAAAAUUUUUAUAUUUUCGUUUUUUUGUUUGUUUGUUUGUUUUAUGUUCCCCUUUGAUGGACCAUGAAUGAUCACAAAAAAUGGACCAAAUCUCUUGGAAGUGAAAUAAAGAGAUUCAGUUAUUGUC